AUGUUAGCUGAUAACGAUAAUCGCGCGAUACUAUCGCUGCGGGGCUGGAUGGAUAUCGUCGGACUAGGCGAUGCGUUGCGUGCCGACCCCGCCUCUCAUCCCAGCCACGUCCACGCGCACGAGGGGUUGCAGUUCCUGACACUUUUUAUCUCUUCAAUCUUCGCUCCCCUGAUCUCGUUGAUCGCCAUGACCAUCCGAGCGGCCAAGUUCACGCCAGAGAUCCUCCUCGGCGCCCCGCGGCGCUCCGCCGCUGUCCCCAACGCCGCCGGCACGCUCGCCGUCUACACCCAGUCGACCUACUCCUUCGAAUCGCAUUCCAAGACGAACGAGAUCCGCGUGCUCGACAUCGCCACCGGCCGCUCCGCCGUCAUCACCAAUGACUCGGGCGCCAGCAACCCCCGCUGGCUGGGCGACGGCGACCAGCUCGUCUGGCUGUCCGAGAAGGACAACGGCAACACGAGCUUCGUCGUCGGCGACGCCCGCCAGCCGGGCACCUCGUACACCGCAGGCACCGUGCCAGGCCCCGUCUCCGACCUGAAAGUCACCACCCUCGAGCCCGGCAAGAUCGGCUUCGUCGUCUCCGGCAAGGCGAACCCGGACGGGUCGCUGUACAAUCCGAAGGACGCCAAGAAGCCCUUCAGCAGCGGGCGCUACUACACCUCGCUCUUCGUCCGGCAUUGGGACGCGUACAUCGAGCCGCAGAAGAAUGCCCUGUGGUACGGGCUGCUGCAGCUCGCGCCGUCGGCGGCCGGCGGCACGACCAAGAAGUACACCGUCUCGGGCCUGACGAAUCUGCUGGCCGUGUCGGGACUGGAGGGCGUCGAGUCGCCCAUUCCGCCUUUUGGAGGCACCGACCAUUUCGAUAUCAGCCCUAACGCGGUCGUCUUCGUGGCCAAGGACCCCAAGCUCGAUCCGGCGACGCACACGGCUUGCGUCUGCUACUACUGUCCCAUGUUCUCGUGGACCGACAUUGGCGCCCGCGAGGCACCAAAGGUCUGCAGGCUGAAUCCUCCCCUCGAGGGGGCGAUGACAUCGCCGGUGCUCUCUUCGGACGGAAGCGCCAUCGUCUUCCUGGCGCAGAAGACCGACGGCUACGAGUCGGACAAGAACCGCAUCGUGUACGUGCCCAAUCCGUGGAGCGGCGAGCUGAUCGAAGUCUUCGGGACGAGCGACGGCGUUGGGCAGUGGGAUCUCAGCCCCAGCGCCGUGUCCUGGGCGCAGGACGACAAGUCGCUGUUCAUCCAGGUGGAGGAGAAGGGCCGCGGGGUGCUGUACCAGCUGCCACUAGACAACAUCGAGCGAGCAACCCCGCAGUCGCUGCGCAAACUGACGCACUCUGGCUACGUGACGGACGUGGUCCCCGCCGCGGCGAACUCGACCAAGCUGUUCGUCACCAGCAACAACCUCGUCGAGAGCAGCGUGUACACGAUCCUCGACCCGGCCUCGCCGGACGACGCGACAGUCGUCUCGUCGAGCACGCGCGGGGGAGCGUCGCUGGGGCUGUCACGCUCGCAGAUCGACGAGAUCUGGUUCCGGGGCGCCAACGACCACCCGGUGCACGCGUGGGUGGUGAAGCCGUCGAAAUUCAACCCGCAGGAAAAAUACCCGCUGGCGUACCUCAUCCACGGCGGGCCGCAGGGGGCGUGGAACGACCAGUGGAGCACGCGCUGGAACCCGGCCGUGUUCGCGGAGCAGGGUUACGUCGUGGUGACGCCGAACCCGACGGGCAGCACGGGGUACGGGCAGGCGUUCACGGACGCGAUCCGCGGGUCGUGGGGCGGGCUGCCAUACGAGGAUCUGGAGAAGGGCUUCGAGUACAUUGCGACGAACCUGGAGUACGUGGACACGUCGCGGGCAGUGGCGCUGGGGGCGUCGUACGGCGGGUACAUGGUGAACUGGAUCCAGGGGCAUCCGCUGGGGCGCAAGUUCAAAGCGCUGGUGACGCACGACGGGGUAUUCAGCAUGGUAUCGCAGCUGGCGAGCGAGGAGCAGUACUUCCCCUUACACGACCUGAAGGGGCCGCUCUGGCGGGUGCCAGAGGAGUGGGAGAAAUGGGAUCCGUCGCGGUUCACGGCCAACUGGGCGACGCCGCACCUGAUCAUCCAUAACGAGCUGGACUACCGGCUGACGAUCGCGGAGGGGCUGGCGGCGUUUAACGUGCUGCAGAUGCGGGGGGUGGAUAGCGCGUUCCUGACGUUCCCGGACGAGAACCACUGGGUGUUGAAGCCGGAGAAUUCGCUGGUGUGGCAUCAUGCGGUGAUCAACUGGAUCAACAAAAUCGAACAAACAAACAAACCCACAAAGAGAGCCAGUUUCCUCGCAGCAUAUGAUAUGAUACGGCAUAUCCCGUACAAAGAAAACUCCUUACAAGAAAACUCCUUACAAGACACGAGUUCAACAGUCUCUACAUAA